AUGGUUGGAAUUCAGUACCCGGAAUUUUUAUAUUGUUACGAUCAUGCGGAAGACAACGGCGUCCGAAUGAUGUUAAAUAAUCUAGUAUGUGGGAUCGAGACGUUCGACGUCUUUGUACGCGGUGAUACGAUCCGUAUCGGGAAACACACCGUUCCGUCGAAUACGUCUCCCGAAGAGAUCGUAAAACUUUUGACGGAUUACGUCGGUAAGAAAGAGGUAUACGUCAAGAAAAAGGUUGCGACGCGCGUACAUCCCGCAGAAGAAGCGAGGACGUUCAUACGGAAGGCAUUGAGUAAACCCUGCAAGCGUAGCAGGUAA